AUGAUCCAAUUUUCAAUAAGUAUUCGUUUUAAAUAUUAUACUAGAGCUGACUCCAUGCUUAGGUUAGAUUAUUUAGUUUUAAAAAAUCCAUAUAUAAUGGUUGACUUUAUUAGGCCUCGAGUGCUUUCAUUACUAGCUCUCAUCCUUGUGGUCUAUAUUAUAUUCAAUGCCCUUCCAUCUUAUUCUCAAAAGCCUCACUCUCACAUCCCAGCUCAGAUUGAUUCAAUAAACUACAGUGGCUAUUUUAUGGCAUAUAUCCCAAAUCAAGAAAACUAUAUAGGAACAUGGAGAUCCUCUCAAAGUUCCCUCCUCGAAAACAGGUCAGGCCGAGCUUACCUGGCAUCCAAACUUACUAAGUCCAAAAUCAAUAACUUCUUCAUCAGAAUCCUCUUUUUUGAUGGGUUCUGGGAAAGUGAUCCUGCCUAUGCGUUAUCACUCGAAUAUGGGCUUGAAAAACUGAUCCACCCUUCGUUGAAGUGAACUGGACUUAUGAAUCUAAUCACAAAAGAACACGGGACAAUUUCCAGGUGCAAUGGAACUGCGCUUAUUAAUUACGAUUCCAGCUUAAUGAAAGGAACUAUCACUGGCGGCGAUUGUAAUAUUAAUUUGAAUUUGGAAAUGAAAGAGUUCUCUGCAGACAUGGAAAAAGACCCAAAGAUUUACUACUGCAUUUUUAUUUCAGGGAUCUGCAUGGUCCUGAUACUGAUUUUUGCUAAACAUUUGCAUUUGUGCUUGCUGAAUAGCAAUUAUGCUCAGAAAACAUCGAUUAUUUCGCUAGGUAUGAAUGCGUCGCUGGACUGCUUUUUGUCUUUUUGGCAUAUUGAUAGAGGGUUUAGGACUUGGCUAGGAUUUGAUUAUAUGCUGAUCUCUUCUUUAUGAAAUUUUGGAGUAUUUUUCAUAGUAGAAGGCAAGCUGGCAUUGGCUGUAUGAACAGCCCAACACCCAGAAUUAAAUCAUUAUGGAUAUGACAUGUCAAGAAGGAUGUCUUCAAAUUUCCAUGCUAGGUUUUGCCUUAUUGUUGUUGCAGUUGUGGUCGUGCUAAUUGCUGCAUCAGGGCUAGCCAAGCUUACAGUUCCACUUAUGCAUUGCAUAUUUGUCCCACAAAUUAUUUCUAAUGCCCUAAAUGGAUAUAAGGACUCUCUAAGUCCCUGUGUAUAUACAACAAUUUUAUUGACUAGACUUACUUUUUCAGCAUAUAUUUUUGCCUAUCCUCACAAUUUCAUGAACUACGAGCCCCAGCCAAUUUUAUUUGGGUUCAUAGCUUUUAUCUGCCUGGCUCAAUUUAUCAUUUUAACAAUUCAGAGGGCAAAACCUGAUUUUAUUAUCCCUGAUAGGUUUAGGCCAAAGGUUCACGAUUAUUUUACAGAAGCGAAGAAGAUCAAAUACCAUUUUCUAGGAAAUGAAUGCAUUAUAUGCAUGAACUGUUUAAAUACUGAAGACAGCUGUGGAAAAACAAGGACAAUGUAUGCGCCAUGUGGGCAUAGAUUUCAUGAAGAGUGCUUGAUAAACUGGAUGAAUAUUAAAAUGGAAUGCCCAACCUGCAGAAAUGCACUGCCAACAGUUCCUUAG